UCAUUUCCUGUUUGGUCACCAUCAGCACAGGUGACCAUCAGCACAGUCCACCAUCACAGGCGACCAUGCAGAGUCCACCAUCACAAGAGAUCACGCAGUCCCGGAUUUGCAGACGAGCUCCCGCAUGGUCCGAAUGGGAGGUACUGGAUCUCAUUGCAUGUUGGGGAGACGAAUCUGUUAUGGCAGAACUAUAUUCCAAAAAAAGGAAUGCAAAUACAUACGUUAAAGUCUCCAGGGCCAUGACAGAGAGAGGCUACUCCAGGGACACAGAGCAGUGUUGUACAAAAAUCAAGGAGCUCAAGCAAGCAUACCAAAAAGCCAGUGAGGUGAACAGGCACUCUGGGUCACAUCCCCAUACAUUCUGCUUCUACUGUGAGCUGCAUGCAAUUAUGAGGGGUGACACCACCACUACCUCAUCACUGUCCGUAGACACCUGCAAGGGGGGAGUUGCACGGAAUGAGGAGGAAGAGUCAUUGGAGGAGAACAGUGCACAGGCGGCAAGUGGGGAAUCUGUUUCCCCCCCUAGCCAGGAACUAUUCUUAAUACUGGAGCCAAUAGCCUCUCCCCACUCUCAAGGUGGGCUCCCGGACCAUGACCCUGGAGAAGGUACUUCUGGUGCAAAUGUUUCAACAUGGCCCUUAUCUAUUCUGUUCCAGUGGCUGGUCCAAAUUAGAAUGCAGAAAAAAUGAACUCAGGAUGACAUGUUCGCCAAGUUCAUGCAGUCCUCCCGCACUGACAGGGCCCAGCUGAAUGUGUGGAGGCAAACAAUUGCGGAGUCCCAUAAAGCAUUACGGGAACACAAAGAGAGGAGGAACGUGUGUGAUGAGAGCAGGCAGGACGCUAUGGUCAAGCUCAUGGGGGAGAAAACUGACAUGCUCCGCUGUAUGGUGGAUCUAAUGCGGGAAAGGCAACAA